AUGAAAGAUUAUCUUAUUUUUCUUGCGCAAAGUCACCCUGGUUUUAGAAAAGCGGAACUUGAGUCCUUGGCUAAUCUUCACGGAAUAAAGGCAGAUUUUUCAAAUCACAAUGAAGAACAUCCUUUUUUGAUGGUAAGUCUGCAAAGUGACGAAGAGGCAUACAAGCUUAUAGAUCGGGCAAUUUUGUCAAAGGGGAUAUAUGAGUUGUGGGGACAUGGAAACUCUUUUGAGGAAUUGCACGAGAGUGUGAAGUCUAACAUGGCAGAACUUCGAAAACCUUAUCUACUCAACACAUUCAAGUUUGAAAAUCUUACCUUUCAAGGAGGCAAAAAGUCUAGGGAAGAACAGAUUAAGAUGUACGAGAAAUUUGUGUAUUUGGACUUCAAGGGUAAGAUUAGAAUGAAAACCCCAGAUCAAACAUUUACUAUCUUAGAGCAAUAUUCAUUGGGUGCAGAUUUAUUUCCACUAGAUCAUCCAGAUCAUUGCUGGUUCGGAAGACAAAUCAACUUGAGCGCACGGAGUAGGGGUGCUGUCGAGAAGUAUGAUAUCAAAAAGAGACCUUACUUUGGGACAACGUCGUUUGAUGCAGAAUUGUCGUUAUUCACCUGCAAUAUGGCACAAGUUCGUCCUGGCGAGCUCAUUUAUGAUCCGUUUGUGGGAACGGGGUCAUUUCUAGUCACCGCAGCAGAAUUCGGAGGCAUUACUAUUGGAUCGGAUAUAGACUUUCUCACUUUGAAGGGUAAGGGUCCAAAGAGAAGAUUGAAGGACAAUUUCGAUUACUACGAGGAUCCAUUAUUGUUCACCGACGUUCUCUGCAUGGAUUUCACUAAUAAUGCUUUCAGAAAAGACUUGACUUUCGGAUCGAUUGUCUGCGACCCUCCUUAUGGAGUUCGAGAAGGUGUGAAGGUUUGUGGUACUACGGACAGCAAGAUAGGACGUGAAACUGUUAUGAUCGAUGGCGAGCUAGCGUUUUUGAGGAGAGACUAUAUCCAGCCUAAAAAGACGUAUUCAUUGGAUCUUUUACUAGAUGAUUUACUACAGUUUGCUGCUGAAAGACUGGACACUGGAUCCAGACUAUGCUUUUGGAUGCCAGUCGCUAAUGAUGUCGACAUUCCAACUAUGAUUCCACAACACGAGCAACUUGAGCUUAUAUACGAAUUGGUUCAGGAUUUCCAUAAAUGGUCGAGGAGACUGUUGGUGUAUGUCAAAAGGGAUGACGCUUACAGGGGAAAAACUAUUCGAAGUGAACACCGUGAAGGUAUUAAUAACUUCAGAGAAAGAUACUUCAACAAGUUUUCAAAGGCAAGUAGAGCUCAGCAAUAA